AUGAAUCUCUCAUAUAUUCCACCAGUGGUACAAGAUGGUGAAGUAGUGAUACAACUGUUGGAAGAUGACAUAGAGGAGGAACAACAGAAAUGGAAUAGAGCCUUAAUUUUAUAUGUUGUGGGAAACAUCCCAACAAUUGGAGCAGUUGAACGAUUUAUAGCUCAACAAUGUGGGAAAAUCAGGAAGCCAAAGGUACUGUUUCACAGUGACGGUUAUUUUAUUGUUUUGAUGCAUAGUACUGAAGAAAGGGACGAUGUUAUAAUGAAUGGCCCAUACACAUUGGAUAAUAGACCAAUUAUCCUAAGGCCAUGGAAGGAGGGGUUUGAUUUUGAGGAUGAGAUUCUCAGAACUAUCUCACUAUGGGUGAAAUUCCCUAAACUGCCACUUAGUUACUGGAGUAGCAAGGCUCUAAGUAAGAUAGGGAGUGGGCUGGGUAAACCUCUAUAUGUUGAUGCAUGUACAACUAUGACUGACAGAGUUUCAUAUGCAAGAGUUCUAAUCGAGAUGGACAUUAUGAGGCCCUUACCAAGAUCAAUAGAACUCUGUGAUCCAACUGGGAAAAGGAUUGAUCAGAUAGUGCAAUAUGACUGGAAGCCACAAUAUUGCCAAGAAUGUUGUCAACUCGGCCACUCAUGUAAGGAACAACAGCAGAAACAUAGUGAAGAGGGGCAGUAG